UACGCGUGCAGGCACACUGAGCAGCUGUUCGGCCUAUUUGAUAACACAAUAACGUUUUCGAUUGCAACUGUUUUUUCCAAAUUUUUCACUGAAAAAAACCCCGUCUGGAGAUGCAGUUCCUCCGUGUUGGUAGCCGUAUAACGGCAAUACGCCAGAGACUGGCUGACAAGAUCCAGAUGCCGGAGCGUUUCAAGAACACGUUCGUGGAAAAAUGGGUGCAGUACUGGAACGGAUUGGUCAGGGAUUACACGGAGGUGGCGGUCGGCGUGGUCCGUGAAUCUUACACGAAACCCAAAAAAGCGUUACUUUAUGGUACUGGAAUGGCGUUCUUGUACCACGCCGGUCUAAAUAACCCAGACGAGGAGGCAUUUAUGACACUACUAAGAAGAUCCACAAAUCGAAUGAUCACAGUGCCCGUGGAACUUCAGAAUCCCGUGUCUGUCGACUAUCUGCUAACCUUGGAGAGGGCUAUUAAUCAAAAGAAGUUGCGGCUCCUUUCCCUGGGUGUGUGCACAAUACUCUGGGUAGAUCUGUAUGACGAAGACGACUGCACAUAUCCGGCCAUUUGCGAAUACACCAAAGUGGGCAUACUCAACUUCCACGAGCGGAUUAUUGACGUAGGCUUCUGGAAUCAGUACUGGCGGCUGAAGUGGAAAAUGCGCAACUACGAUGUUAACUACCUGUGAUUCCAUAUCGAUACCUUUACCAUGUUCACAACUUAAGUCAAUCGAGGAUGUAUCAAUAUAUGUAUGUUUUUAGUA